CCUCGACUAUAAGACGACGGAGAAGGAAACUUACAACUGGAGGAACGCAACUUUCCUGCGAAGUCGUAAAUUUGGCUGGAAGAUGUUUAAACGUUGCAGUUCAGCCAUAAACUAAUUACACAAUUAAAGGAAUCUUUUCGGGAGUUCACGGCUCAGAAGUGCGAAAGGAUUUCCAGUAAUUUAGGGUUGUCGGUUCGAGUAAAUAUUAACGGCUGUAGACUGCGAGCAAGUCGCACCUCGAAAGCCUCGAAAAGAACAACGAAGAAGUCAAAAGGCACGAAGCGGAAUUCAUGCAAAUCGGUGUUACGCGUCGGAAAACUAUCGAAAAGAGAUUACACCGCGCGGAAUCAGUCGUGUCUCGGGAAGCAAUUAAAGGAAUUGAAGUUGGCCGUCGCUUCGUGUUCGUCGUCUUUGCUGGCACGUGCUCCAAUUCGACGCAAUUAAGAAAAACGUUGUCCAGAGAAUUACGUGAAGCACUGCGCUAUUCAACAUUGAUUCUGAACGUCUUCUAGAACCCCGAGGGAAGGAGUUGAGAAAGUGUGGCAAAACAACAGCACGUUUCGGAAGGGCGGAGGCUGAUGCACUUGAGAAAAUUGAAAACAGUGAUUUGACCUUUCUGGGGGUCGCCGUUUCGAGGCCGUAGACAAUGGACAUUCCCCGGUGUUCGUUUAACGUAGUCUAGCGAAAGUGAUUAAUUUUCUAUUGGCAAUGUUCGUGAAAAAUUGAAAAGUACGCUUCCGGAGAACGCGAAUGAAAACUAAUUCAGAGUCAAUAUUUGAAGCGAAGAAUGGGUUUCUCGAGGGCAAACGGGAGAACAACCAGAAUGAAGAUGGAACUGCUGGUGCUGGUGCAGAUUCUAAUUGUGACAGCGGCAAUCAACCAGGCUAAAGCCAUGGAGUACCCGAAAAUCACCGAGCACCCGCUGGACGUGAUAGUGCCCCGGCACGAUCCCACCACGCUGAACUGCAAAGCGGAAGGCAUCCCGGCGCCGGCCAUCACCUGGUACAAGGACGGCGAUGCGAUCAAAGCGGAACAGGGCUCGCACAAAAUUCUGCUGCCCGCGGGCGGGCUGUUCUUUCUGAAGGUUGUGCACUCACGUCGCGAAAGUGAUGCCGGUGUCUACUGGUGCGAGGCCCGCAACGAACUUGGAGUGGCCAGAAGCCGGAACGCUACCCUGCAGGUUUCAGUGUUGCGUGAAGAUUUUCGACUGGAGCCGCAGAACACUCGAGUGGCACAAGGAGAAACGGCCCUGCUGGAAUGUGGACCACCCAGAGGCUAUCCGGAACCGGUGGUGUUCUGGAGGAAAAACGGACAGACGAUGGAUUUGAACAGUUCGAAACGGAUACGAAUCGUCGACGGUGGCAACCUAGCCAUCCAGGACGCGCGCCAAUCGGACGACGGCCGGUACCAGUGCGUGGCGAAAAACGUUGUCGGCGUCCGGGAGUCCACAGUUGCAUUCCUGCGUGUGCACGUGAAACCGUUCCUGAUGCAAGGCCCCCAGAACCAGACGGCAGUGGUCGGCAGCUCGGUUGUGUUCCAGUGUCGCGUCGGUGGUGAUCCAGUGCCGGACGUCCUGUGGAGACGCUCAGCAUCCAGCGGCAAUAUGCCCCUAGACCGCGUUCACGUGCUGGAGGACCGCAGCCUGCAGAUCGACGCAAUCACCAUCGAGGAUAUGGGCGAGUACAGCUGCGAGGCGGACAAUGCCGUCGGGUCGAUUACCGCCUCCGGGAGUUUGACCGUUCACUCUCCGCCGACUUUUACGGUACGACCCAUGAAUCAAAUCGCCGAGCUAGGUUCGGAAGCUCUUUUCGAGUGUCAAGCCACGGGACAUCCGGUGCCAACGUUGUUCUGGUCUUUGGAGGGCAACCGGACUCUUCUAUUUCCUGGGUCCCGCUAUGGAGGAAUUGAGGUGACCGACAAUGCGGAUGGGACUAGUAUACUGUCGGUGUCCAACAUCGACCGGAUUGACAAUGCAAAGGUGAUUCUGUGCAGUGCUGUAAACUCUGUGGGGAGUGUUAGUACCCGGGUAGUGCUCAGUGUGAACCUGCAGGACGAUCGACCUCCACCGUUGAUCCUACAAGGCCCUGUUAACCAGACGCUUCCGGUGAAGUCCGUGGCUAUAUUGCCUUGUAAAGCUGCCGGUGUUCCAACACCGGUUAUCUCGUGGUACAGAGAUGGGAUUCCUGUGUUGACUUCAUCCCGCAUCAACAUUACCGAUUCAGGGACGUUGACCAUAUCGGACUUGAGAAAAAAUGAUGACAGUGGACUAUACACUUGCGUAGCCAGUAGCAAAUCCGGAAAAUCUACGUGGAGCGCUACUCUAAAGCUAGAUUCUCCGACGAAUCCCAACAUCAAGUUCUUCCGGGCGCCCGAAGCUUCCACCUUUCCGGGACCUCCCGGGAAACCUCAAGUAAUGGACGUAACCGAAAGCGCCGUUACGAUUUCUUGGGUUCCAAGUAAUGCACUCGGGGCAUCCAGCAUGAUUGGAUUCAUCGUGGAGAUGUACGGUAGGAACGUAACCGACGGUUGGCAGGAGAUGGCCGACAAGAUCCAAGAAAACAGUUAUACCCAGCGAGGGUUGAUUCCCGGUGUGUCGUACUACUUUGUGGUUCGAGCGGAAAAUUGGCAUGGCAUUUCACCGCCCAGUCCGCUUUCCGAGCCAAUACUGGUUGGAGUGAAUGAGCAAAACUCUGGUAUCGAUAUGAGUGAAAUACGUGCAACGUUACUCUCUGGAGACGUAGUAGAUUUGGUAAAUGCUACCUCUGUGGAUUCGACGACUAUGAGACUAGUUUGGGAGAUCAUCGACGGAAAAUACGUCGAUGGAUUCUACAUCUACGCUCGCAACUUGGAGGAAGACUCCGAGCAUUCCUACCGGGUAUUAACCGUCCUAAACGCCGGAAGUGUGUCCUCCUGUACCGUGAACGACCUCCGGAAGUUCACCGAGUACGAGUUCUUCAUCGUUCCGUUCUACAAAACCGUGGAAGGGAAACCUUCGAACUCGCGGUUGGCCAAGACCUUGGAAGAUGUCCCAUCUGCAUCGCCAACUGCCAUGGAAGCUCUUCUGCUGAACUCUUCAGCUGUCUACCUGAAGUGGAAAGCUCCACCUUUGGGAUCUAUUAACGGAAUCCUCCAAACCUACAACGUGCUCGUCCGCGGAGUAGACAUCCGUUCCAACUACACCAAGGUGCUCAGCAACGUUACGAUCGACGCCACCUCUCCAAAUCUACUGCUUGCGAAUCUAACCGAAGGUGUCACCUACACGGUUAGCAUCGCCGCAUCAACCACCGCCGGAAUGGGCCCAUUCAGCAACCCUGCGACCCUACGUCUCGAUCCGGUUACGAAGCAACUGGACCAAACCUCCCAUCGCUAUCCGAUCAACCAUGACAAUGCCGAUGACAUUCUGACCAAACCGUGGUUUAUUGCCGUGCUGGGGACCAUUCUGGCGCUGAUGAUGCUCUCGUUUGGGGCGAUGGUGUUCGUCAAGCGGAAGCAGAUGCUCAUGAAGCAGUCGGCGCUGGUCGCGAUGAGAGGCCACCACGGAAACGGCGUCCUCAAGUUCCCGUCGCUCCCGCAGAACAACGACGGCUACUGGACCGACCCGUCCGGUAUCCUGUGGCGCCCACCCCGACCGAAAGACCACAUCCAGGAUUACGCUCCGGUCUGCACCACCACUACCCUCCCGGUGGAUCAAAACACUCACAACCGCUACGUGGGAAUCGAUUACAACGAAUACCCCAGCGAUUACGCCGAAGUGUCUUCAUUCCAACCGAGUGGACAGAACAACAACUGCCUGGGCGAUAAUGGCAGUAAAGCUCCAUCGGAGUACAGUGGAACUCGCUCACCUGCUCCGUACGCGACGACCACCCUCAUAGGUAACUCAAGAUUUAUUACGACCUCCGGCAGCGGGGGCAACACCUUGGACAGUCUACAUCACCAGCAGCAAUCCAGCGGGGGCUACGGUAACAUGUACUAUAGCUCCGAAUCGUACCCUGCGAUGGCAGGUUCGAACAAUGCCGGAUCAGGCAGUUACGGUCGCCAUGUGUACUCGGAGUCAUAUUUCAAUCCGGGUGAGAAAAUCAAUAUCACCGAGAACAAGCUGGCUUCGAUAAGUAGCGUUAACAACAACAACAGCGGUAGCCCCGUCGCCGUCGGUAAUGGAGGCUAUCAAUUGGUGCCCAACCACAGCGGAAGCAGCGCCAGCAGUAGUAGCAGUGCCAGAUCCGAGACGGCCAAAAUCUUCCACCCAAGCCACUCGGUACCGCACACACCCUUCGGAACGAUACGGAAAAAUCGCCUCAAAUUAACUCGACCCCCGAUCAACAAUCUGAGGAUUAGCUUUGGGACGUCCACUGGCGGCGGCUCCAGCAGCAACAACAGCGGGGAUGCUGGAAAUGAAUAUGGUAAUCAACACCACCAGCAGUCGUCGCUGCAGCAGCAGAAUCACAAGAAGAAAAUGUCCUCGCUCAAUAAUUUAGGAGCGAAAGAGCAGUUGUACAUAAAGAUAGGCGAAACGAAUCCGAACAACACCUCCGCCGGCAGUUGGAAUGGUCAUCUGGCCAACAUCUAUCAGAAUGCUUCGACGACGGUCGGUUCGGGUUCGCUGGUGGGGAAGGCCGGCGACGAUGGGGAGGCUGUGUACCACCCGACCGGUAACCGCAGCGUCAUUAGCUAUCGGUCCGCCUCCGAGUACGGCGGUGUCGGCGAUGGUGACGUUUGAGUACGGCCGAGUUCGAACAACAGCUUUGGGUUGACUAUUUAUAAUAACUUAUUCUGACGCAGCCACACACGAGAAAGACGUGAAUGGAGCUAUGGAGCAGCAGCCACGCACAGAAUGAACGUUGAGCAACAAGACUGAGUGUGAUAUGUAUGUGUCUAUGUGUAGAUAUGGUAAAUCGUUGGUCUUUGCUUUGUCCUUGCUCCCGCUAGAAUACGUUCAGGUGACUAGUGAGUAAUGUUUGAGGCGGACAGGAUAGUGGUCGGUGCUCGUUGUAAAUGUGUAAUGAAUAGAUAGGUAAGGUUCAAUCGAGUUUGGGUAACAGUGCACAGUGGAGUGAUUUACUGCUCAAGUUGGUUUAAAAUAUUCGUUGGCGCAAAGAUUCGAAAUGAAUGUUGGGCACCGUUGAAAUUAAGCAAGCGAAUAUUUAUACUGGAACUUCCAUAUGAGUAGAAUCCAUUUAUGUAUGUAGGUUCUAUUGAGGUAUCACCAUUAUAAAAUAACAUUAUUUUAAUACAACUUAAUUGUAUUGAGAGCAAUUGUAUUUCAGAAGGAUUUACGGGAAAUCGGUAAUGGGGGGAUUAAACGAUGUUAAAUGUGAGUUUGAGUACAAGUAUAGAGGGAGGUGUGGGGAUUUUAUUGAAAUGUUUAGAUCUACAAGCAUAAUUGCUGAUCAUUUGUAGCACUUUGAACAAAGUUUCUGCAUUCUCAGCCCCAUGUUAGUACCUACCUUGAUACCUUUUUGGCUACAAAGUGACUUUACUCCAACGCCGAGCGUAUAGUAGAGCACCAUCUUCGUCGGUUUUGGGCGAUAUUCCUCCAGUUUCCCCGCGUUCCUGGCCACCCACGAAGUCACCGACCACAA